GCCUGGUCUGGUGUGAUGGCCAUGGCCGGCUAUGCUCUCGCCUUCAUUGACGAGGGAAAUGCCGAGGGUGACUACGCCCCCCUCUUCGAGCAGGUAGCUGUCGCUGUGGGGGCCUCUGCCGACCAUGCUUCCUACUCGGCCCUCUACACUCAGGUGCACGAGGCCGUCCAGGCCGCCGACGGCAAGUACGCU